AUCUGCAGAAGAAGAACGUCAAAUGGAUCCCAUCAUAGUGUUGGCCCUAGUGGGCAUAGUCGUGCUUAUCUACCUGUACCUCGCCGGAAAUUACCGAUUCUUCGAGGACCGUAAAAUACCAUACAUAAAACCAACGUUUCUGCUUGGCAAUGUGGGCCCAGUGAUAUUCAAGCGAAUCAAUCUUAUGCAACACCUUCAGUACAUGUACGAUGAGUACCCGGAAUCCAAAAUCAUCGGAAUGUUCGAUUUCCUCAAGCCGGUGAUGAUGAUCCGCGACCCGGAUGCGAUCAAACAGGUUGGGGUGAAAGAUUUCGACCAUUUCCCCGAUCAUACGCCGUUGUUUACCGGCGGCGAUGUUGAGGACAUCGGCGGCGACAGUCUGUUCGGUAAUUCUCUGUUUGCGAUGCGAGGCCAAAAGUGGCGGGACAUGCGGACGACGCUCAGCCCUGCCUUUACCGGUGCAAAGAUACGGCAAAUGUUCGAGCUGGUGUCCACGUGUGCCGAGUCGGCGGCGGAGUUUUUCCUCGCGGAAGCCAAGGCCGGAAAGCGGUUGGAGUUCGAAAUGAAGGAUGUCUUCACGCGCUUUGGUAACGAUGUGAUUGCUUCCGUGGCAUUCGGUAUUAAAGUCGACUCGCUACGGGAGCGGGAGAACGAUUUCUACGUCAAAGGAAAAGAACUGUUGAACUUCACGACACCAAUGACGAUGGUGAAGGUGGUUUUGUUUCGGAUGGCCCCUUCGGUGGCCAGGUGGCUGAAGAUUGACAUUUCGAGCCCGGAGCUGCUUGCUUAUUUUAAACAAAUGAUUAUCGACAACAUGCAACAGCGUGAAGCGCACGGAAUUGUGCGAAAUGAUAUUAUCCAGAUGCUGAUGCAGGUUCGUAAGGGUGUUCUGCAGCAUCAGAAUGAGGAACCCGAAACGAAGAACGUUGGCUUUGCAGCUGUCGACGAGGCUAGUCCGAAAAAAUUGUCAAACAACCGCGUAUGGACCGAAAACGAACUGAUAGCCCAGUGUUUCCUAUUUUUCCUGGCCGGAUUCGAAAGCAUAUCCACCAGUCUAACAUUCGUAUGCUACGAACUGCUAGCGAAUCCGGACGUACAGCAGAAGCUGUACGAAGAAAUCAUGGAAACAGAUAAGCAACUCUCGGGAAAACCGCUAACUUUCGAAGCCCUGCAGAAGAUGCAAUACAUGGAUAUGGUCGUGUCGGAAACGCUCCGAAUGUGGCCCGCGGCGCCGGUUAUCGACCGGUAUUGCGUUAAGAGCUACGUGUACGAUGAUGGCGAGGGCACCCCGGUGAAGAUCGAUAAAGGGCAAACGCUGUGGUUUCCGAUAACGGCCUUCCACCACGAUCCGAAGUACUUCCCGAACCCGUACAAGUUCGAUCCGGAACGUUUCAGCGAGGAGAACAGAGCCAACAUUAAUCCGGCAGCCUACAUGCCGUUCGGGGUUGGUCCGCGGAACUGCAUCGGAUCGCGGUUCGCCCUGAUGGAGUUGAAGGCUGUCGUUUAUAAUUUGUUGAAAAAUUUUACGUUUGAGCGCACCGAAAAGACUGUGAUUCCUCUCCGAUUGGUGGAGAGUAUCGUAGUAGUGAAGGCGAAGGAUGGGGUGUGGCUUGAGCUGAAACCUAGAAAGUGAAGGAGAUUGUUUGAUGAAUUUCUUGCUUAUAUUCGCGUUGACACUCAGUAUAGAAUUACUU